AUUCUCUGCGUCACUUGUCGUCGCCAUUACAGCACAAUCUCAGAGCUCUCCUGAAUUCCGAAGAAGAAGCAGAAAUGGCUACUCUCUCUGCCUGCACAUCGACUUCGUCUGUCCCACGCGCCGCCUUCGUAGGGAAGUUGCCGGCGGCGCGCCCCUCCGCCGUCCUCGGGUUGCCGUCGAUGAGGAAAACGGCCGCGGCGGCGGCGCCGGGGGGAGUUAGAUGCGCCGCCGUGGAGGAAAAGGCGGAGACGAAGGUGGGGAUGGGGGCGGGUUCCCUGAUGGCGGCGGCGUGCGCGGCGGCGAUGUCGAGCCCCGCGGCGGUGGCGCUGGUGGACGAGCGGAUGUCGACGGAGGGGACGGGGCUGCCGUUCGGGCUGAGCAACAACCUCCUGAUCUGGAUUAUUAUCGGCGUUUUCGCUCUGAUAUGGGCUCUUUACACUGUCUACGCUCUUGGCCUCGACGAAGACGAGGAUGCUGGACUGUCUCUUUGAAUCCAUUGUUAGAACAACAUAAGAACUUGUUUUCUUAGUUUCUUCCUCUGUAUCUGUCGUCGUGUUAUUUCUGAAAUUAUCACUGCCAUUGGCGUAA